AAAAAAACGGAAACAGAAACGUCAACAAAAUGGCUGCUGUUUACUUCGUCUCUCAUUUUUAAAAUGAAUGUUUCAGCAAAGUCUGCACAUGUUUACGUAUUUAUGUUCAAAAUCAAAAUUGUCUGACUGUUUGAGAAAAUAGAUCUGGAACCAUUACAAUGAGCUGGUGGAAUUCAUCAAACUUUUCUGACCUUGCAUCUAAGGCCUUGAAAAAUGCUCAGAAGAAAAUCGACAAGGCUCUUGAUAUAUCUGAAGCUAACCAGGCAGCACGCUCAGCAGAUGUUUCAACUGAGGAAGCAAAGCCUAAAGAAAACUCUGGGGGAGAAUUCUGGAGUAGUUGGGGCUCACCAGCUGAGGGAUCCUCUGGUGCAAGUGCCUGGUCCCUCCCCUGGGUUACAGGAACUCAUGAAUCACAGGCUGAAAGUGGGGAGACACUGGUGAAAGAGAAAACUGCAGAAGAAAUAAAGACUGAAGUGCUUAAAGCGGCCAAAGAAAGAACAAAGGCCAAAGCUAAACUGUUUCCUAAAAAAGAUAUAAAAAGUGUUGAAAAAGAUCCGAGUAAUUCAGCAGAAAUAAAGCCAGUUACUGAUGCUGUUAAAGACAGUGGUGAACAUGUUUCUUUAGAACUACUUAGUGAUGUAAGUGAUUCAAAAGAUGUGAACCCAAUUGUAAAUGAAACACUUUUGUCAGAUAAUGAUGCAUCGCAAUCAGAAUAUGAAAUGAAAACAUCUUUCAGAGCACCUACAACACAUGAAUCUGUAUUUUUAGUAGGUAGUGGUUUCCAAGAAAUAAGUGAGUCUGAGGCAAACGACAGUGAUACAGCGCAUGAUAUAUCAACAGAAGUUGCACAAGGACAUGAUAUUUCAGAGACAGGAGGGAAACUUGUUGAAUUGCAGGCUGAUGAGGAUACUUCAGUUGAACUGUCUGCUAUUUCUAAUGUGGAAGUGAAUGAGGAAGAAACACUUACUUUAGUCCCAGAUACUUCAGUCCCAAAUGAAGAUCAGGCCACAGAUGUUGUUGCAAAUAUAGGACAAGUACAAUCACUGUCUGAACUCUCUGAGACAGAUUCUGACAAAGAACCUUACGGAACUGACAUAUCAAGCUCUGUUGAGAUUGUGAGUAGAACAGAUAUUCCCAGUGAAAAUAUAGUAGUAGAAGAAUCAUCAGCCAGUGAGCCAGAGUUAAUUGAGUGUGAUAAAUCUGGAGAAGAAUCUGAAGAUACUGCAUGCAUAAAUCCUGCCAGAAUUGGUUAUGAAGAUGAACUUCAAGUUGAAGAAGAUGUAAAAAUAGUAGCAGAUAACUCUAAUGUUUAUGAUGAAAGUGCUCAUGUAAAUGUGGAAACAGAAAUUAAAAACAAAGUUUUUGAAGGAAUUUCCAGUGAGAAUUUGAACUCUGUGGAAUUAUCAAAUUCAGAAGAAAUGAAUUCUGACCAGUCAAACUUUGGUUUUCAUUCAGAUUCGGAAGUAAGUAUGAGUAAGCUUGACACAAGUGUUGAAACAUGUACUUCUGAAGAGACAUUGAUUGAACAGAGUUCUGCUCCUGGUGACAGUGAUGAUAAAUCAAGUGAAAUAAGUAGUCGAACUAUCAAUUUUGAUCAUGGAAAAACAGAGUCAGAACAUGGUGCUGAACAUAGCAAACAAUUAUUGCUUAAUCAGCUACAUGUAGAUAUAAGAGAUGCUGGUUUUGAUGAUGAACUUGCAGAUACUGUUGCUACAAGUGAUAAUCAGACUGAAAUGCAAGAUGUUGAAGAAUCUGCGGAAGACCAUGACUUCAGAGAUGUUAUGGCAAAAGACAGUGAAAAUGGUAAAAAUAAAGGUGACAUCUCUCCUGCCCACUCGUUUGUAAAAUGUAUGUUGGAAGAUGUGAUGGAUGAAGGUAAACAAGAUGACAACAGUGACAGCCAUUCAACAGAGAAAUCUGAGGGGUCCAGGAGCAUUUACAGCAACCAGGAGUCAGGGGAUGAGGUUGACACUAACACAUCUUCAGAUAUAGAAAUCAUAUCUCUGCCAACACCUAAUGGUGAAAACAGACAGAACUUGCCCUUAGACCCUAUCCCUCUGCGUAUGGCUCUACAGAAGACCUCAUGGAGGGGCAGCCCAACACACAGACGGACAGACAGCUCCGACUCCAGCAAUGCAAGCAAGGAUAGCAAUGAGUUGAGUCCCAGUCGAGAUCUGACAGAGUUCCGAGACUACCACAGGUCCCACAGUGAUCAUGGGGAAGGUGUGCGGUUGAGUUCAGAGUUACCUGCCCUUGAUGAGGAGGAUGACAACCCAUAUCACCCACAGAGGCUUGUCAAGGAUGAGUGUCAUGUGGCGGGACAAUCACUUGAACGCCCUUCUCAGAUGUCACAUGACCUCAUGUCACAUGACUCUGGUCACAUGACCUCACAACCAGACUGGGAAAAGAAGCUGGCUGAGAUGUCUGAGAUCUUGCAGGCCCGUGAGACCAAGUUGGUGCAGUUGAGCAAGGAGAAUAUGGACCUGAUGGAGACCAACAGUAUAAUAUCCAGCCAGUUGAAGCAGUCUGAGGAGGCGAGAGAGGCGGAGAUGACGGACGUGAACGAGCUUACUGCCGAGUUCACACACAGGCUAACAGAGGCGGAGAAGCGUGUCUCGACAGCAAUCAGGGAGAAAGACACAAUAAAGCAACAACUGCAAGAGACACAAGCUCAACUGGCGAAAAAAGCUGGAGACGUGGGGAUGAAAGAACUGCUUGCUGAGAAGGAGGAACAGAUAGCCGGCCUCUUGCAGGAAGGUGAGAAGCUGUCCAAGUCCCAGCUGCAGAGCAACACGGUGAUCAAGAAACUGAGGGCGAAGGAGAAGGACAACGAAAGUACCAUCAACACACAGAAGAAGAAGUUGGAUGUCCAGAAGGAGGAGUUAGAUCAUUUGAAGAAGGUGAUAGAGUCGAAAGAGGAGCUGGAGAAAAAACAGACAGAGGCCGUAGCCCAGCUGACAGCUGCUGUGAAGAAACAGGAACAAGAGAUGGUCAGAUUGAAGAGCGAGCAUGAGGAUGCUAUAGAGAAGGCCCGAGGACUGCAGGUUGCCGUCGACAACUCAUACAAGGAGAUGGCAGAGCUACACCGGACCAGUGCGGCCCUAGACAGUAAGGCCCAUGAUGCGGCCCUCAGUGCCGAGAUGCAUGUGCGGGAGGAAUUGAAGUUUGCUCUGGAGAAACAGCAGCAACAACACAAGUGGGAAAUAGACACACUCAACCUGCAGAUAGACGAUCACCGUUUAAGCCUAGCUCGGAUGGAGAAGGAAAGCAAUCGACGGGAAGAGCUGCUCAAACAGGAGAUAGGUGAUCUGCAACAGCGACUUCAAGAUGAUGAAGCCAGGACACAGGAACUUACUCAAGGUGUCUCCCAGGCGACCCGUCCCCUGCUGCGUCAGAUAGAGAACUUACAGUCAACAUACAAUGCCCAGUCUGCCACCUAUGAGAGGGUGGAGAAAAACCUGACUGACAGGCUGUCUGACACCCAGACGCAGCUAGCAGUUGCGAUGGAGAAGGAGCGGACAGCCAAUGAGCAGCUUCUCGACAUCGGGUCGAAGAUCGCGACCUUGGAGGCCCAGAACUCAAGGUUAAGGCAGGAGAAAACACAGCUCACCAUGCAGCUAGAGAUGUUGAAGACCAAGGUUGAUAUGGCCGAGGAUACCAAACACCAGGAGGCUGCUCAGAUGGAACUGUUACGUCAGCAGACCGGAGAGGAGCUGCAAGAAUUACGCAAGUCCAAGGUUCUACUGGAGUCUCAACUAGACGUGGAGAAAGGCCGGGUUGAACAGGAGAAGAGGAAGAUGUCACUGCUACAGGACCAGGUCAAGGACAUGGAGCGUGAGUUGCAGAUAAUCCGUACCCGGGGCACCCCUGUGCGUGGUACGCCAUCACCUGUCUCCGUAUCCAGACAGGAGAGCAUGAUGGGCAGUCUCCAUGGAGAACACUUCUCAGCCAUCACACAGGAGGAGCUGGACCGGAGUUUUGUGCUGUCCUCUCCUAACGGGAACAAGCAGUCGCUGUACGAGGCACUGAGACAGAGCGGGGCAGCUAACCUCCUAGAAAACCUCCAGUCUCAGCUUAAACUACGUGAUGGAGAGAUAGCCCAUCUACAGAGUGAGAUCCGAAGCCUAGAGCGUACCAGAGAAUCAAUGGCCAAGGAGCUGGUCGACCUGAGCAACCAGAACGACGAACUUGAGGAAAAGCUUAAGGACUUCCCGCUCCUAGAAACACAGUAUAAGGAGCUGGAUGGUCGUUACAAUGCCCUUCUGCAGAUGUAUGGAGAGAAGGUUGAGGAGGCUGAUGAGCUCAAGAUGGACCUGCAAGACGUCAAGGACAUGUACAAGGCUCAGAUCAAUCACUUGUUGAGCCAGUCGUGACAGGGACGCUCCAAUGGGUUCACUCAGUGUGGGCCAUCUACCUUCUGUCCGACUGAUUGUGUAUCGUGUGACCUUCAGGAAGCCAAAUGACAUGUGAAUCAUUAUUCUGUCAUGUGAAUUAUAUAAUGUCGGCAUGUGUAAUACAUCCUGUUGUGAUACCUGAUGACCAUGUCUUGUCAUGUGACCUACAUUCUGCCCCUGUGGGGCCACUCACUCACCAUGCUGGCGUGGUCUAUCCUGUAUCCCAGUUAUACUUAAGUUAGGAAAUACCGUAAUAGCUACAAGUGUUUUAAAACAAAUCAAUACAUAUUGAUGUGUACAAUUGAUUAUGGUUUCUUGGGUAUACAGUUGUAAUCAUAAGCCUUGCUUUGCCUUUGAUCUAGGAUGAAACCAAAUUCCAAACCAAGAAUAGACUACGUGUAAAACUUAUCAAAGUAUGUAUGUAUAUAUGCAGGGUUGAUUACUUAUUUUGGGGAACAAGACAAAUAUAUGAGCUACGAUGCAUGUCUUUGACGCUGCACAUAAAGUCCUGUGGUACCGUGAACAUUCCAACAAGGAUCAGUCAUUCUUCAUUUCACAGUUCUGUCAGUUGUUGUAUAUGUUGUUAAUGCUCUCAAUGCACCAGUAUUAAAUACUGUGGUCAUAUCAUGUAAACAUGGAAUAGUGGUUUCUUUAUGUGCAAUCUGUGAUAAUCUUUGUUCUUCAAAAUCCAGCUUGGUUGUCUGAAAUGUAAGUGUAUUUUGCUGUUAUUUUAAUGGAAUACUCCUUGCCCUAUACUACAUUAUUUAUGUUUGUUUAUGCAACAGUUAUUGCUUCAUUAAUUUAUUUAUGUGAAAGAAUAGCAUGGUUACUGUAUGUUAGUGGUUUCAUUACUUUUUGUCGGUGUACAUUUAUCAUCAGCAUAUAAUGUGGGAUGCCAAUGAAAUAAACAUAGGAAAAUCAU